CCGCUUGCAUCAGGCAGUCGAUACAGCGCGCGGGAAGGAACGCGCGGCCGUCAGAAUCGCUCAGUAAAUAUAUUUUACGUAAAAAAGACAUUUGUGUUAAGUGAAAAAUGCCUAAUAUUAUAAACGAAGUUAAAUUAGACUUCAAAGAUGUGUUAUUGCGACCAAAACGCAGUACUCUGCGCAGCAGAAAUGACGUGGAUUUGUACAGAGAGAUCACAUUCCGCAAUUCGGGACAGACCUACAAGGGUGUCCCAGUCAUGGCAAGCAACAUGGACACCGUAGGCACCUUCGAAAUGGCUAGAGAACUAUCCAAGCACGGUCUGUUCACGUGUAUUCACAAAUACUACACCAUUGAUGAGUGGAAGAAAUUCGCUACGGAACAUCCACAAUGCUUAGAACAAAUGGCUGCCAGCUCAGGCACAGCAGAAGCAGACUUCGAGCGUCUCACAGAGAUCUUGAACACGGUGAAAGAUCUGAAGUUCAUAUGCCUCGACGUGGCCAAUGGGUACUCGCAGCAUUUUGUCGAGUACGUCCGCAAAGUUAGGGCUGCCUUCCCUACGCAUACUAUUAUUGCUGGCAAUGUAGUGACCGGUGAGAUGGUGGAAGAACUGAUUCUGUCUGGUGCUGAUAUUAUCAAGGUGGGCAUCGGCCCCGGUUCAGUUUGUACGACUCGCAUUAAGACAGGUGUGGGUUACCCGCAGCUGUCGGCUGUCAUCGAAUGCGCGGACGCAGCGCACGGACUCAAGGGACAUAUAAUAUCGGACGGCGGUUGCACCUGUCCUGGUGACGUGGCCAAAGCGUUUGGUGCUGGUGCAGACUUUGUAAUGGCGGGUGGUAUGUUCGCGGGACACGACCAGUGCGGCGGCGACGUGGUCACCCAUCCUGAUGGCAGGAAGGUUAAGCUGUUCUACGGCAUGUCUUCGUCUACUGCCAUGCAGAAGCAUUCGGGGGGCAUUGCGGAGUAUCGGUCUUCGGAAGGUAAAACAGUAGAGGUAGAAUACAGAGGUGACGUAGGUGCAACAGUGAAGGACAUCCUAGGCGGCCUCCGAUCCGCCUGCACGUACGUAGGUGCCGCGCAUCUACGGGAACUGCCGCGAAGAGCCACCUUCAUCAGGUGCUGCAGGCAGGUCAAUGACACCUUCUCCUAAGUAUACGUAUAGGAUUGUACAUCAUCAGGAUAGUAUAUCACACUGGGAUAGCUAGUUCUGUCACGAUGGGAUAGUCGGUUAUAUCCCAGCGGGAUAGGUCGUUCUGUCACAGUGGGAU